UCUCUUCUUCGGUGCUUCUUUGACUGUGUGUAAUGCGGGGCGUCUCGUACCGCUGACAAAAUCUCCAGUGUUUAAAGUUCAUGAUUUACAGAGUUGUUUCCAAACUACUGCUGCAUUCACUGAGUAAACGUUGUGUGUUACGACACUCCCGAAGACUAACCUCCACAAUGGCUUUUCAGUACCCACAGGCUUACCGUGACGAGGCAGUUGUGGAUGACUAUCACGGUGUCAAAGUACCGGAUCCUUACAGCUGGUUGGAGGAUCCUGACAGUGAAAAGACUCAGGCUUUUGUCAACGCUCAGAACCAGCUGACGUUGCCGUUUUUAGAACAGUGCGAGGUGCGAGAUCUCUUCAAGGAGCGGAUGACUGAGCUGUAUGACUAUCCCAAGUAUAGCUGUCCUUUUAAGAGGGGAAGCAGGUACUUUCACUUCUACAACACGGGCCUCCAGAACCAGAGUGUGAUGUAUGUGCAGGAGAGUCUAGAUGCUGAGCCUACCGUCUUCUUAGACCCAAACACAUUUUCUGAUGAUGGGACUGUUGCCCUUCGAGGAUAUGCGUUUUCUGAGGACGGGGAAUACCUUGCAUACGGCACCAGUGCCAGCGGGUCUGACUGGGUGGAGAUCCACUUCCUGCGGGUUGAGGGUGCCGUGCCCCUUGAGGACCACCUGGAGCGAGUCAAAUUUAGCUGCAUGUCCUGGACUCACGACGGGAAGGGUCUUUUCUACAAUUCUUACCCCGAGCAAGAGGGCAAAAGUGACGGCACUGAGACGUCCACUAACCUGCACCAGAAGCUGUACUUUCAUGUUUUGGGAACGCCGCAGUCCGAGGACGUCCUGUGCGCCGAGUUUCCYGACCAUCCCAAAUGGAUGUGUGGGGCCGAGGUAUCAGAUGAUGGGCGCUAUGUGCUGCUGCUGAUCAGAGAGGGUUGUGAUCCUGUCAACAGACUGUGGUACUGUGACCUGGAGACGACAACUCAGGGAAUUACAGGACUGUUGCCGUGGGUGAAGCUAAUCGAUAACUUUGACGCCGAGUAUGAAUACGUGACAAACGAGGGCACGUUAUUUACCUUCAAGACCAACCUAAACGCCCCGCGUUACCGACUCAUUAACAUCGACUUUGCCUCUCCUGAUCAGAGCAGCUGGAAGGAGCUGAUUCCUCAACACGACAAGGAUGUUAUUGUGUUUGCCACCUGUACGUACUCCAGCUAUCUGUUUGUGUGUUUCCUCCACGAUGUGAAGAAUGUGUUGAAGAUGUACCGUCUGAGCUCGGGGGAGGAGCUGAGGACCUUUCCUCUCGAUGUCGGCUCUAUAGUGGGCUUCACGGGACGAAAGAGGGACUCUGAGAUUUUCUACUAUUUCACCUCCUUUUUAUCUCCAGCCAUCAUUUAUCACUGUGACCUAACCAAGGAGCCACUGCAGCCACACAUCUUCAGGGAGGUCACCGUCAAAGGCUUUAAUCCCACAGAUUAUCAGACCACCCAGAUCUUCUAUCCCUCCAAGGAUGGCACUCAGAUCCCCAUGUUUAUUGUUCACAAGAAGGGAAUCAAACUGGACGGCUCCCAUCCGGGUUUCCUGUAYGGCUACGGGGGCUUCAACAUCUCCAUCACGCCGAGCUACAGCGUGUCUCGGCUCAUUUUCGUCCGACAUCUAGGAGGGGUUUUAGCUGUGGCCAACAUCAGAGGAGGGGGGGAGUAUGGGGAGACCUGGCACAAAGCUGGCAUGCUGGCAAGCAAGCAGAACUGCUUCACAGACUUCCAGUGUGCAGCUGAGUAUCUCAUCAAGGAAGGAUACACGUCUCCCUCCAGGCUGACCAUAAACGGAGGCUCUAAUGGCGGCCUGCUCGUCGCGGCCUGCGUGAACCAGCGACCCGAGCUGUUCGGCUGCGCUGUGGCUCAGGUGGGAGUCAUGGACAUGCUGAAGUUCCACAAGUUCACCAUYGGCCACGCGUGGACCACAGACUUCGGCUGUUCAGAAUGCAAAGAGCAGUUUGACUGUCUCAUCAAAUACUCCCCGCUGCACAACAUCCGCGUCCCAGAGAGCAACGGGGUGCAGUACCCGGCGGUGCUGCUGCUGACGGGGGACCACGACGACCGGGUAGUGCCUCUCCACUCUCUGAAGUACAUCGCCACCCUGCAGCACAUCGUAGGCCGCAGCCCCAAGCAGACGAACCCCCUCUUCAUCCUAGUGGACACAAAGUCCGGCCACGGAGCCGGCAAACCCACCAGCAAGGUCAUCCAGGAGGUGGCGGACACCUACGCCUUCAUCGCCCACUGCCUGCACCUGUCCUGGGUCAAAUAACCUGAACUGCUUGUUUGCUCCUUUCCCUUUUACUGAAAUACGUUUUCAAAAGACAGUUUAUACUAUUAACAUGUUCCUUGUUACAUUUACCAACCAUAACACACGGUUUAUUUAAUCCCUCUCUUCUCAGUCUCAACAGUUCACACGGCUGCUAUAUUCGGCCAUAUUUGUAGUUCUUUAAGCCCGGGGCUACAUGUCCUACAAUAAUCAACUAAUCAGCCGUUACAGUUGAUCUCAAGUGUUAAAGAAAUGUUCUUGCAUCUCCUUUGAGCUCCGACAUGCAGCGUAUAAUUUAAUACUUGUUUACGCACAGGAGGGGUUGAAUUCUAUCAGCAUGUAUAAUUUUGUUACUGAUGUGUAACUGAGGGGUACCGUGAGUGGACAGUAUUGUUGUUGAUAUGAAGACUUGCAAAAAACGGCAUAUUGCUUUGUGUUAACUUGAUCGCGUGUGUGUGUGUGUGUCUGUGUCAUGACGAGGGAGUGUGUGUGUAGAUGUCAGUUCCAAAUUUUCAAACUGAUGCUUUCUACCUCUGGACUUGUGCUGGUUGUUUUACCCUUUUAAAGGGAGCUGAACACAACGCAACAACUACAAUAAACACGUUUUUAAACAGGGA